GUGACAUGGAUGCACCUCAACCGUGUGAUGCUGCUCACUAUAGAUGAGACAACUAUCACACUCAUCCCGAGGUUUCGGGUCACGCGUGAGGACCCUACCACUUGGACCCUCCACAUACGUAAUGUGCAACCUGACGACACUGGCUACUAUGUCUGUCAGGUUAAUAUGGAACCGGCUAUCAACCAGGUCGGAUAUGUGCAGGUCGUUGUACCUCCGCAGUUUGUAGAUGAAGAAAGCAGCCAGUCACACGUGUCAGUGACGGAGAGUCAAGACGUUCGUCUUGUGUGCCGCGCUGAAGGUGUUCCCAAGCCACACAUACGCUGGACCAGGGAAGACGGUCAGCCAUUCACAACCUCCAGAGGAAGUCAAGUUGUUAAGCACAUAGACUCCGGGGAGCUGGUGUUGAAGGAGGUCUCUCGCAAGGACAUGGGAGCUUACCUUUGCAUCGCCACGAACAAGGUCCCUCCCUCCAUCAGCAAGAGGAUAGUCCUUGAUGUCCAUUUUGCGCCACUGAUCACUGUGCCCAACCAGCUGGUGGGUGCCCCGGUAGGCACCUCAGUGACCCUGGAGUGCCAGGUGGCAGCCUUCCCAAAUGCUGUUCACUUCUGGCGAUUUAACAAUCAACUGCUGAUCAACUCCAGCAGACAGGAGACUCAAGAGCUACGAGACGGCUACACCACCACCAUGAAGCUUCUGCUGAGGAAUUUGAGGCACAAGGAAGACUUCGGAACCUACGUCUGCACUGCCAAGAACUCCCUCGGAGAGACAGAAAGUAAUGUAAGACUUUACGCAAUUCAGGAGAGCAACCUUACAUCCACCAAGCCACCUCGGUGGACAAAAGAGAAGGAGGCCGGAAAUCCGCCAAAAGGCAUACCUCCAUCGGCCACCACAUCCCAGAACUACAUGCAGCCUCCAGAGAUACACCCAACAUCCAACGGACACAGCCAACCCUUGGAACUCCAGAGAGGGGAUUGGACAUCCCCCAGAUAA